AAGGUGGGUGCCAUUACAGGUGGCUUGUGUGGACAGCAAGGCUUCAUUCAGCCUCCUCAGUUCCACCAACAGCUCACAUUUUUAGAUGAUAUUCAGAUUAGCCGGGAGGUGGCAGAGGCGUAUGGGGUAACGUCACAAAUAUGACGUCCAUAUAUAUUUAUUUUGUUCCCAGCCUUCGCAUUAGAUAGCCUCAAAAAAGUCACAACAUAAAUCCAAAAGGGUUAUGAGAUAAAUAGUGGAAGGAAAAGAAAUUUGACCUAUUUGGGUCUGAAAAACUUUCCUAAAUGAAACCGUCUGAGAAGUUUAGAUAGAUCACUCUUGCUAACAGAAAUACUAACAACUGCUAACUGCUACUGCUCCAGAAUUAGACAGCAUGUGAUUAUGAAUUAUGUAAAAGUAACUAGCAUCUUUAGAAGUAAAGUAGACGAUUUCUACUGAAGUGUUAGGUAGAAGUAAAAGUAACAUAAGAUGGAAAUUUUCAAGUGCACUACUUGAGAAAAUGUACUUCCUUUCCAUUACUGCAAGUCAGUGCUUUACAGCCUCCCAUUCCUAAUUUCUAAGCAGGCAUUGUGUGAAUCAAUCCCCAACCUUCCCAAGACUCCAAAUGUUCCGAAAUCCUUUUGACAAAGGCAUUUGUAGCAUCAAAGGCAUCUCUGACAAAAUAAACCCACAAAGAAUGCUUUAUCGGAGCACCAAAGAGGGUUAGUGUAGUUUUUCAUAGGGUUAACCGUUUCCAAAUGGUCGGGGUAGUAGAUUGAAAGUGAAGGGCGUGCUCCUGGGCGAGAGAGGGGAGAGUGGAUGAGAGAGCGGCCCUAAUGCGGCAUCUCAUUACAACCUCUGUCAGGAUCCCUCUAUUCUACCAUCAGCUCCCCUUAACUUGGUAAGAGCCCAACUGUCGUUUCGAGUCCUGCACCCGGUCGCCGACGAUAGGUUCUGGCAGGUUCAGGCCCUUUGCAUCUCUCCCAGGGCGGGGAAGAUUUGCCACCGGUAGCCCAACAAGAAGUCAUUUGGAACGCCACAUCUACUCCAGCACAUUAGCCGUGACAUCAUGGCAUACAGGAAGGUGUGUGACGCCCAGGGUGGCCCAAUGGUUGGUGAGGUUCUGCACUGCUCUGGAGGUCUGGAUCUUGACUGGGACCUGGACAAAGAAGAGCUACAGGAACCAGGACCCAGCUUGGAUAGAAUGCAGAUGCAACACGUAGACUGCCCGAGAUCAGGGUGUUCAGAUCCAGGCCCAGACCCUGACCCUGAACUCAUGGAAUCCAUCCAGUCGUCUGUCUCCGUUUCACCACAUGGACGAUUUGAACGACUCCAGGAAGAUCCCAACUACAUCUCCCACUUCACCAGAGCUCCGGGACAUAAAGGCCAACGACGACUCCACUGCUUCCUGCUCAGGUAUUUCCUGGCAGGGUUGGGGCUUUUUGUCCUGGGUCUGCUGAUAGGCUGGUUCACUCACACCCCUGCUGUCAAACCACCUGCUCCACCAUCAGACAGCUCAGACCUGUUGGAGGAGCUGUUGAAAGGAAUCAAAGCUGACAAGAUAGAUGCUCUUCAGAGGUCUUUCUCCAGCCUAUCAGAUGACAGCGAGGAAGCCAGAGCCAGGUACCUCUACAGGCAGUGGGUGGGACUUGGUUUGACUGAUGUUCGUCUGUCCAAUCACACAGUUCUACUCAGCCUGCCUGGUUCCACGCCCAACACCAUCACCGACAGCUCUAGUCGGCAGUGUUUCCUGCCAAACGGGAUCCCCUGUGACCAGCGUGGACCCAGUGACCUGCCGAAGCAGCGCUUCUCCUACGCAGCUUACUCUGCUGUUGGAAGUUUGCAGGGGGAGGUGGUGGACGUCCAGUACGGCAGCAUAGAUGACCUGAGGAGAGCCAAAGACAGCCUGAACCUAACCAACCAGAUUGCAGUGGUCAAGCUUGGCCAAGCACCUUUACUGUACAAGCUGUCCCUCCUGUCUGAGCUUGGUUUUGGAGGCGCUCUGCUUUACAUUGACCCGUGUGAUGCUCCCUCUGGCCACCACACCUGGCAUCAAGCCUUCAGAGUCACUCUAAACCCCGGAGGAAUCCCUGCCAUUGCUGAGGUGUCAAGGGAAGCUGGAGGAAGUCUGACAUCACUUUUAGUUCAGCCCAUCUCAGCUGUCCUUGCAAAGACAUUACUGUCCUCUCCAUCCAUACGGCAAGGAGACCCCUGCCUACCUCUAGCCAUGCCUUCAAACGCAGAACGAAAGAAGAUUACCCUGACUGUUGGGAACCAGCUGUCCUCCAAGAAAAUCUACAAUGUCGUGGGGUACCUGAAAGGGAGGAGGAACCCAGAUCGCUAUGUUUUGGUCGGCAGUCGUCAUGACAGCGACCAGGGAGGCGGGGCUUCAGCUAUCAUGAAUCAGCUCAUCGCUGCGCUGACGGAGCAAACCAAACGAGGAUGGGUGCCAGACCGUACCACUGUGUUUUGCUCAUGGGGAGGCACAGCUCUGGGGAACAUCGGGUCCUACGAGUGGGGAAAGGAUAACAGUGUCGUCCUGAAGAGCAGUGCAGUGGCCUAUGUAAGUCUGAACUCUCCAGUUAGAGGGACGGAGACUCUCAGAGCUACAGCUUCUCCAACACUGCUGCAACUCACUUCAGAUAUACAGAGAAGACAGUUGCUGAGUUGUAUUCGUGGUGGAAACUGCCCGGGACCCAACGUGAGCUCACUGCAGUUGCCUGGAGAUGUGAAUUUCUUUGCCAACCAGCUGGCUGUACCCACAAUGGAGUUUGCCUUCGAGCAGACAAAAGCAGAAGAGGCCACCAGCUUCCUGUCAGAGGCCCAGUUUUCUACAGAGUUACCAAAGACUCUGGAUCCGCUGUUCAAGUUCCAUGAGACCAUUGCUAAGAUGACAGCAGAAGCUAUUCUCCGCCUGGUCAAUGAUCCUGUGCUGCCCUUCUACCCUCUGGACAUCGCCCUGGAUGUUCAAAACAAGCUUAAAGAGAGGAGCAUGGUAUCUCAGGCCCUGCUGUCCUCAGCCUCCUCUCUGAGGGACCACGCAGCUUUCUUCCAAUCAGAAACGAUGCGGCCAGCAAAUGACCCCAAAGAGCGCGAUCCCUCCCACGUGCGGAUGCUGAAUGAUGUACUCCGUGACCUGGAGAAGAGCUUCAUCAUCCCACAGACACCACCUGGAGUGUACAGGAACCUGUUAUACAGCCUUCCAGGGAAGACUCCUCAGUUUUCCAUCCUCAGGUUCUCGCAGGAAGCCGUCCUGCAUUGUAACGUCACCAGCAAAGUGGUCAAACACACCUCUGCAGAGAAGGACGUCCUUUGCCACAGCAGUGUGAACCAGUCUCUGUCUCUCAUCCUCAGGGCAGUCCGGUCAGCUGAGCGGCUUGUGUGUUUUGGCUUGGAUUUGUUUGAGAAUUAUCCAAAUGACAUAUGAUCGCUGGCUGACCCACCAGUGAGCUUGGAUGCACUUGAGAGCAACAACUGCCACCGAUCAAGUCAAUAAAGUUUAAACGCUUUGUAAAUAUUGAAACACGAUUGGCCCUCCGACCGACUGCAUUCAAAAGCUCAUCUUUACUCGUCAUACUCCUGGAAAAGUUGAGAAUCAGAAGGAAUCCACACACUUAAAGAGUUCUGACACUGCUCAACAGAAAAGAGACUUAAACUCCCAGUCCAUAGAAUAAUUUAUCCCCAUUAUACCCAAACUAAAAUUGAAUCAAUUUAGACAAUAUAAAGUCCAGAAUAGAGUUUUUAAAAUGAUUUUCAUAUCAAGGGUGGUAAAACAAACAGUUCUCUGAUUGAUGAAUGUAUUGAAACUAACUUGUUGCACACUAGCUCUUAGAUAUGCAAAUAAUAUUAGCACAAUGGGGUCAUUUAAAUUGCACUAUACCUUCUUCAAGUAAUAAGAGGCAGAUGGAAAGUUUCAGAUGAUUACUUUUCUUUCAGCAGACACUUGUUCUGUUGUGGAGAAAACUUUUGUCGAUCCUUUCCUGGACACGGUCCCAGCACGGGAGGUUUGACAAAAUGAAAUCACCAAUUCAGUUACCUGAUGAAGAAAAAUGAGAUUCAACGGAAAAUAUUCUGUCUCAAAAUGUUAGAGAAAGAAAGUGUUUCUUACACUUUAAUUGCACACACUGGGAGAUAGAAGUAAGCUGGAAAGAGACCAGGUUUGGUCAAUGUUACUUGUUUUUAUAGUUUUUUGUGCCCAUAAAGGGAAAUUUCUGUAUUUUAUAAACUGGGUCUUAUGGUGUUCCUAACAUCUUAAGUGUUGCUAACUUUGCACUCAGUCCAGCAAACAAUAGCAUAACAAGUUAUAAACAGGCAAAUAGUUUCCUAAUACUUUCCAUGUGGUUCAGCUUAUUGAUGUAUUGAGGAGAAAUGGAUGCAACAUUGAAGGCAGGAGCUCUGUUCAUUCUAAUGGAAGCUACUUAAGUGGUGUGUGAUGUCAAAAAAAAGUUUUGCUUUCGGGCAUAAAAUUAUGCAAAUCAUUGGAGACUUCCUCCAGCCGAGCCACGAACUUCUGGUUUAGCCCUCUAGAAAUUGGAAUGGAGCUAAAAUGGUUUAAUCAUCUCGACUUUCCAAAUGUUAUUGGACCAAAUAGAUCAAAUUCUGACUGAAACGUGCCAUCUCGGGGUGUUGUCAAAUCAAAUCAAAUCAAAUCAAAUUUUAUUUGUAUAGCCCUAAUUCACAAAAUACAUUUGC